AUGGAAAUUCAAGUAAGCACCCCUUUCCCCAUAGUAUUACGAUAUAAUGAAAUGGCAAGUCGAAGCAUAGGGAUUUCCCAAGAGCCAAAAAGGAUCGAGGAAGAGAAACGACCGGUUGAAUUAUUUAAGUUUCAUUUAGCCGAGGCAGCUGCAAUUUAUUGCUCAAAUAUCGUACAAUCACAUGGAUUAGAAACUGGAGACACAUUCUUGGUAUGCGAUUGUGGAGGUGGAACAGUCGAUUUAACGAGGCGCGCCUACGUGGAAAAGACCAAUUCAAAGGAAGAAACUAUACGCGUUAACGCUAUAAGAAUAUUCAAAGAAAAGUGUUAUGGGCAGCUUCAGCACAUGAUUCAGAAUUUCUUUAAUCUUCGCGUAAAAAAUAACUUUAAAGAUGACCUUACAAAAUUCAAGACUAUUGAAUUCGACAUAGAUCAAUAUUGUUCGAAGUUAAAACAAUACGUGUCCGAAGAAAUUCAGAAAGAAUUGAACAAUAAUGAGUGGAUCAUUGAAUUGUACUAUAAUGAUGUGAAAUCAAUGUUUGAUCCAAUUUUUCGCCGAAAAUCCUUAACUGAUCUCGAAACUUUUGAUGGUUAUGUUCGUACUAUCAUUGUGCCUACCGACCAAAUUAAACAGAAAACCCCGGAUAGACACAUUUUGAAAUUCAAUCGCUUGGGGAAACGAGGUGACAAAACUACACUGAAUUAUGAAUUCGCCUCGAUAUUUUAUCCCAUUUAUCCAGACCAGGCGCACAUUUUGUUCAAGAUUUAUAGUUCGAAUGACAAUAACGCGCAUUAUUGUGAUGAUACGAAACACGUUGGAAGCUUGAGGAUCAUCCUGCCCGAUGUCGAACUUGGCUUGAAUCGACCAAUUGAAUUAGCAUUAUGCAUUGCCGAAGAAGAAAUUAAAAUGACUGUGCGAAAUAAAACAAAAAAUUGCUGUAUUUAA